GUUAAAAAAGUUGAAGAGCUGAAUUUUCUCCGACGACUAAUAUCAGAGUAUUCUCUGGUUCAAACAUCUUCGCUAGUCUCUGCUAUGUUUUCUUGAUCGAUCUUUAGCACCUCCAGGGGGUGAGAACACUGAAGAGCUUUAAGCUUCUUCUUCUUGAUGGGUUCGUGCUUGUGUUCAGGAAUCAAGUCUCAGGCUGCUCUUCGCAAAGUUCAGCAGUGUACUUGUCUCGAUGAAUUUAAAACAUUUGUGGUGUUGACUUUGGUAGAGGUGAACCCAGUAUUUGCCCGGAACAGUGGGAAUGAUAGGUCAAGUGUCAAGGUCUUAUCUCUGGCAGUGCCUCCAGAUCCUCACAUAAAGGGUGAGAUCCUACAGUCACCCAAUUUGAAAAUGUUUUGCUAUAGUGAACUAAAGAGAGCAACAAGAGAUUUCUCUCGAGGUUACUUUCUGGGUGAAGGUAAUUUUGGUUUUGUCUUCAAAGCAUGGAUUAAUGAACAUUCAUUAGAGGCUGCCAUACCAGAGACAGGUAUGCCUGUUGCUGUAAAGAAGCUUAACCAAAAGGGUUGCCAGGGUCAGCAAGAAUGGUUGGCAGAAAUUAAAUACCUGGGGCAGCUAUGUCAUCCAAAUCUUGUAAAAUUGAUUGGUUAUUGCCUAGAGGAUGAUCAACGGCUUUUAAUCUAUGAGUUUAUACCAAAAGGCAGCUUGGAGAAAUAUAUAUUUGAAAGGAGUUCUCGCAUUCAACUACUGUCUUGGAAUCUCCGUAUGAAAGUUGCCCUUGGUGCUGCUAAGGGUCUCAAAUUUCUUCAUGAUGAGGUUCAUGUGAUAUAUCGAGACUUUAAAGCUUCUGAUAUUUUGCUUGAUGGAAACUAUAAUGCCAAACUCUCUGACUUUGGUUUGGCCAGGGAUGGACCCAUAGAUGGUGAAACCCACGUCUCCACAAGAGUUUUGGGUAGCGAAGGAUAUGCAGCUCCUGAGUAUAUAGCAACAGGUCAUCUAACACCAAAAAAUGACGUGUACAGUUUCGGGGUGGUCUUUCUCGAAAUGCUAUCUGGCAGGCGGGCUAUAAACAAAACCAGACUUUCCGGAGAACAAAUUUUAGUUGAGUGGGCAAAGCCAUACCUUAUAAGCAGACGCAAUGUUUUCCGAGUGUUGGAUGCUCGCAUGGAAGGUCAUUAUACGAUUGGUGCCGUGCGAAAAGCAUUCGACCUUGCACUUCUAUGCUUGUCAACAGAACCAAAGCUUAGGCCGAAUAUGGAAGAAGUGGUAAAAGCUCUUGAACAACUUUAUGAUUCCAAUGACAAUGGAGUCCUCCAAGGGUAAACCCUACAAAAAGGUCAUUGACAACUUAAGCAAAUAUCACAGCAAAGUGUUGAUAAAGUUGCUAUGAGAAAGCUGACUGUGUUCUCCUGUAAUCCUGUUUGUUAAUAUAAGAGGGAAAAUAUUUGAUAUAUGAUUAACUAUUUAAUUGAUUCAAGGAAAUUUGCAUUUAUGUGAGUUUUAUGUAUUGUAUUUGUAUAUAGACUUGUAGAAUAACAGUAUUAUUCUGUACACUUUCGGUUCCAUUAAUCUAAAUUGAGACAUUUUGACAAA